AUGGACGGCCAGCCAUUGGAAACGGAUCUCCAAGCAGCUAUCCAGACUGUCUGCCAAAGGCACCAGUCCCUGAGAACCUGCUAUCUGAGUGAGGGAACAGAGAUGAAGAAUGCGUGCCAGGCCGUCUUGCCCAUCUCUCCCGUGGAUUUGGAAGUGUGUAAUGUUGAAGACGAAUCCGGCCUGUUCGAUGAGUAUACCAGAAUCUGUGACCAUCCGUAUGACACAGAGAAAGGGGAAUGUAUUCGAUUCCGCUUGGUCAAAUCUACUGCCACAAACAGCGCAUUCUUGAUCAUCGGUUACCCUCAUAUGUGUAUGGAUGGUGCUAGCUGCCUCAUCCUCCUUGAUGAACUUGAUCAAGCAUAUAGGAAGGUCUCGCUUCCAUCAGUUUCUCGCCAAUAUCCAGACUUUGCAGCUGCGCAGAGAAUCUCGUAUGAACAGGGAAAGCUGCAUACAGAAUCCGAUUACUGGAAAAAGGAGCUGAGCCCGUUACCGGAACCAGUUGCACUUCUUCCCAUGACCAAAGUUCGCUCUCGUCCACCCCUUAAGGAGUACGACACGCACGAGCUCCAGUUCUGUAUCUCGAAUACCACAAUGGAUAAAAUUAGAUCUCAGUGCCGUAAGCACAGAGUCACUCCAUUUCACUUUUCUCUAGCGGUAUUGAGGAUUCUUCUGGCUCGUCUUACCAAGACCCAGGACUGUUGUAUUGGUGUCGCUGAUUCUAAUCGACUGGAUCCUAACAACGAAAGAACCGUGGGAUUUCUGUUGAACUUGCUGCCGCUACGUUUCCGGACGCUUCCAGAUAAUUUUAUGCAGGCUCUUGCGGGAACUCGGGAAGCAUGCUAUGGUGCGCUGGCUCACUCCGCGAUGCCCUUCGAUAAACUUCUCGACGAAUUAGCAGUCCCUCGGAGCAACACACAUAGUCCGCUAUUUCAGGUCCUGAUGGAUUGGCAACCUCGCCUUGGAGGAGAAGUGAAGAUAGGAGACAUAACCUCAUCCUGUACGAAGAUGACUGUCGGGCGAACAAUCUAUGACCUUACACUGCUCGUCACCGAGUCUGCCCGAGGCGACGCGACGAUUCACUUCCGCACCCAGAAAGCACUUUACUCUAAAGAGGGCAGUGAGGUUCUUGCUCGGAGUUACAUUAACCUUUUGGAAGCAUUCACCGAUGAUCUUGAGCUUCACGUGAAUGCUCCAUGCAUUUGGCACCCCUCCGAUCUCGACCGCGCUGUUGAGGUUGGCCAAGGCCCGACUUACAAGUCCCAAUGGCCUUCGACUGUAUCAAGGAGGAUCGAGGAAAUCGCUAUCUCCCAGCCCAGCCACACGAUUGCUGUAAUGGACACCAAGGGUCGAAGCUUCACGUAUCGGAGUAUGAUGGAUCGUGUGCGCACGUUGGCCUUUGCAUUACGGGAUGCUGGUGUCAGCCCAGGUUCGUUUGUUUGCAUAUUCCAACAUCCAACCGCGGAAUGGGUGUGUUGUAUGCUCGCUAUUUGGUGUCUCAAUGCAGUUUAUGUGCCCCUUGACUUACGUAACCCCCCCAGUCGACUCAUGACGGUGAUCGAUGACUGCCAGCCAACGGCUAUAUUCUGUAAUGAUGAAACCGAUCCCGAUGUUAGAGGCCUCGACUGCCCUGGUGCCGUGAUCUUGAAUACCUCAGAGAUAUGUGGCUACAGUGGCAGACACUCCAAUUUUCAAGAUACUUCGAAUCCAGAUGCCCCUGCUGCUGUGCUUUACACAAGCGGGUCGACUGGUAAGCCUAAGGGUAUUCUGCUUCGACACGCUAGUAUCCGAAAUCAGGUCGAGGGAUACACACAGCGCUGGGAGUUGGGACCUGAGGUAGUACUCCAACAGGGUGCCAUGACAUUCAAUCACUCGUUGGAUCAGAUCUUAACGGGUCUGUGUACUGCUGGCCGGGUGGUGGUGGCGACACAUGAUAUUCGCGGCGAUCCUGUGUCACUUACGAAGUUGAUUGUUGAUCAACAAAUCACUUAUACGAAAGCCACUCCGGCUGAAUAUUCAAUGUGGCUGCGAUAUGGGUCUGCCUCACUGCGCACAGCUCGCAGCUGGAGACAUGCUUUCGGGGGUGGCGAGCACCUUACCACUACACUCACCCAGGGAUUUCAGGCGUUAGAACUGCCCCAUCUAUCUCUAUACAACUCGUAUGGCCCAGGAGAGAUUACCAUUUCCUCCCACAAACUGAAGAUUGAUUACCAAGGGCCUAGUGCGACCCCGGAUGAUAUUUUCCCCGUCGGCUUCUCGUUGCCAAAUUAUACCACAUAUGUUGUCGACGACGCCAUGCAGCUCGUUCCCCCCGGCGUCUCCGGCGAGAUUUUGAUCGGGGGUGCCGGGCCGUGCUUAGGGUAUCUUCAUCGUGAAGCCUUAACAACAGAAAAGUUUAUCGAAAACCAGUUUGCAUCAUGCGAAUACACCCAGUCUGGUUGGACCAGGGUCUACCGGACUUUCGAUCGCGGCCGACUCCUGAGUGAUGGCUCCCUAGUGAUCGAAGGUCGUUUAGACGGAGACACGCAGGUGAAGAUCCGUGGCAUCCGGAUUGAGCUUGAAGACAUCGAAAAUAGUAUCAUCCAAGCUUCAGAGGGUAAGGUAGCGAAUGCGGUCGUUUCAAUACAUGGUGAAGAUAGCCAGCUGCUCACAGCUCAUGUUGUGCUUGCACCGAGUAUACAAGGGGGCACCCCCUCUAGCCGCGACAGCUUCUUGCAGCGACUACGAGCUACGCUUCCCCUGCCACAGUAUAUGUGCCCUUCGGUCUUCGUACCGGUUGAUGACUUCCCUCUUACCAUUCACGGUAAGGUAGACCGCAAGGCCAUUCGUUCCAUGCCACUGCCACAAGCAUCCAGGAGCAAUCGCUCUGCUGAGGAGCUUUCCGGGACAGACGCCAUGCUCCGGGAGCUCUGGGCUCAGGUUCUGGAAUCGACCUCACUAGAUGCUACAGCCGUCGGUCGCGAGGAUGACUUCUUCAUGGUGGGAGGAAACUCUGUUUUGUUAGUCAAGCUCCAAGCCCUCAUCCGACAGGCCCUGCGGGUGUCUGUACCGUUAGUCGACCUGUUCUCAGCGAGCACCUUGGGUGAGAUGGCUAGGGUUGUACAAAGUGCGAUCCCCACCAUUGAGCUCGAUUGGAUGGAAGAAACGUCGCUGUCAGACCUCGCCAUCAAUCAGCAACCGCCGCCGCCGGUAACAGAUCAAGGCAUUGUCGUCGUCUUAACUGGCGCCACAGGCUUUUUAGGCCACAUCGUUCUCCAACAUCUCCUUGCUGCGCCUACGGUGUCUCAUGUAUAUGCUGUUGCAGUUCGUACAGAGGGCCGAGGAAUUGGCAGACCUCUUCCUUCGGCUUCUCCUAAAUUCACCGCGCUGAAAGGUGACCUUAGUCAACCCAUGUUUGGGCUCGAUGAAAGCACCAUGGCUAUGCUGGCCGAUUCGGCCCACGUGAUAAUCCAUUCCGGUGCCAACCGGUCAUUUUGGGAUGCGUAUCCCAUCAUUCGUGGCGCAAACGUAACAGGCACGAAAAAUGUCGUCGCCCUGGCCAGCCACCGGAACAUUCCAAUCCAUUUCCUCUCCAGUGGUGCAGUCGAGAAGGUGGUUGAGCGCAAUGGCACGCCGCCGACAGACGGCCGUAAUGGAUACCUCGCGUCUAAGUGGGCAAGUGAGAAGAUUUUAACAAAGGCGACUGAAAAGAUGAACACGCCCGUGACCAUCCACCGCCUCACGCAGGCCCCGAAUGUGCAACCACCGCCGCAGGAAAUCAUCGCCACCUUUUCUGAGAUAGCGAAACAGAUGAACUGUAUCCCAACGGCGCAGGGAUGGGGUCGUCUCAUCUCCCUUCUACCCCUCGGAGAGCUGGCUACAUCUAUUGUUGGUUGUGUAUUGGCCAGUGUCGACCGGCCGAGCUCAGUAACAGUGUCGAUCCAGACGCAUAUGAUCUCGACCACAUUUGAGUUAUCAGAUGCAGCAGAAGCUGUGGAACGGGCAGUUACAGGGCCCAGUCGCAUGGACUCCCUGCAUAUGCUUUAUUGGCUUGGGAGAGUAAAGAGGGAAUCCCAAUUCCCCUGGUUUGUCGCUGCACAGGAUGUCAUUGUCCACUCGGAGGGCCAAACCGUACGUGCGGAGCUGGACCAGUAA